AUGAGCAGACCAAGACGUGGUGUCGAAAAAUUUUCUUGUGAAACAUCACGUUUUCUUUUGCCUACAUUUCGUCGUCCAUGUUAUCGUGAAAUAAUCACAACCGAAAGCAUAUGUGAUCCAGAAGAAAAAGUUUUUUCAAAAUGGACUGAAGAAGAUGGACAAUAUUACAGAACCAUUAAUACAGCUCUUCUUAAUGAUGAUUAUGAAGUAUUGAAACAGAAUGUACGAUUUAUCAAUAGUUUAAAAAUGGCAAUUAAAAAUAAUAACAACAGUGAUUUUUUUAAAGUUUAUCGUGGAUUAUCGAUUGAUCCUGAACAUGUAAAACAAGAAUAUAAAGUAGGUUUACAAUUUCUAUGGCCAACAUUUACAUGUACAUCAAGAAAUAGAGAUAUAGCACAUCAUUUUGGUGAUUAUAUAUUUGAAAUCGAUGCAUCAAAAAAUGAUUGGACAUAUCGCUGUGAUAUUUCAAACUAUUCUAUCUAUCCAGAAGAACAAGAAGUUUUAUUUUAUCCAUAUAGUGGUUAUGUUGUUCAGAAUAUUAUAUAUGAUGCAAAAAUAAUUCAAUUAAAAUGUAUUGAUACAUUAGAAGUUGAAUCGAGCUCUAAAAAACGUAUUUCAUCUUGUGUUAAAAUUUAUGAUUCAUCAAGAAAUAUGUUUGUUUAUUUCUAUAAAGAUAGUAGUGAUCUUCAUUGGUCAAGUGCUGAAAAGCCAAAUGAAAUCUAUUUAAUUGCACAAAAUAUGAAUGGAUAUUGGGAUGCACCUUAUCGUUAUCACCAUCGUAAUGGAUAUUUUAUAGAUAAGGGCAGCAAUGUAUGGGAAGAAUAUCAAAACAAUAGAAUCCAUGCAAGAUUUACAAGAGUUUAUGAUGAUGAUAAUGAUAAAAAUCAUGAUGGUUGUGAUAAUUAA